GUGUAUGGCUCGACUCUUCCCUUUGGUCGACCAUCCAUCUAAUUGAAUUGCUAGCCAACCAUUUCGUUAUUCACCUUAUCCAAUUUCACCCCAAUAAUACUGUAAGUGGCCUUUGCCUCCCGUCCUCUUCUUUUCAAGUUUUCCAAUCCAAACAACAGAGAUGGCAACCACAGCAGCCGCCUUCGCCCCUGCCAGAGUCACCGGUGCAGUUGUGAGCAUUGGCAGCAAGCCCCAGAAGAAAGUGAACGGAGCGGUGUACAUAAGAGGAUUGAAUGCUUACGGCGGUCUGAAAGCCCACAACACAGUGGUGUCUCUGGGCAUGCCAGUCUGCACUGAACAAUGCUUUGCGAACGUGGUUAGCUCACUGAAAGCAUCAAAUGGGAAAGGAAGAGGUGGAGGUGCUCUCUCCUCUAAGUGCAGUAAGAUUGGUGAGAUAUUCCAGAUUGCUGCCAUUAUGAAUGGCCUUGUUUUGGUCGGAGUAGCUAUUGGAUUUGUACUACUUCGAAUUGAAGCAUAUGUUGAGGAAUCUGAGAGCUAAGAAAGUACCUCAUCGGUGGUCAUGGAUUAUGUGGCUAGACCAUUCUUGUUUUUGUCUAUCUUGUAUUUUAUGUAGAACGAAAUUGUUUGGAAUGAAUCAUCAAUAAUAAAUUUUAUCCUUCGUUUCCAUAAAGGUCAA